AUGAAGGUUGAUGAGGAUUGCACAAUCAGUGGAAGGUCAAGGUUUAUGAGGUUAUAUAUUUGUUAUGCAGCAUGUAAAGAGGGAUUUCUAGCAGGUUGUAGGCCUUUCAUUGGAUUGGAUGGGUGCCAUUUAAAGGGAUGUCAAAAGGGAAGCCAAUUACUAACUGUAGUUGGUGUUGAUGCCAAUAAUGCAAUGUUUCCAAUUGCAUUUGCCAUUGUGGAAGGAGAACUUAAAGAGACAUGGGCAUGGUUUUUGGAGUUGUUAGACCAAGAUUUGAACAUUUCAGAAAAUCCAAAUGCUUGGACCAUCAUCUCAGACAAGCAAAAAGGGUUGUUGCCUGCUGUGGAGGAACAACUAUCAGGGGUAGAACAUAGGUUUUGUGUGAGACAUAUGCAUGCUAAUUUUGUUAAAGAUGGAUUCUCUGGGCAGUUAUUAAAGCAUAAAUUGUGGGCAAUUUGUAGAGCUACUACAGUACCUGAAUACUUGACUAAAAUGGAAGAGUUGAGGAAGCUCAAUCCCAAAGCAGCUGAUUGGGUUUCUGCCAGGGAACCGCACCAUUACUGCAGGGCUUUCUUUAGCUCUUUUCCCAACUGUGAUAUUCUCUGCAGGGCUUUCUUUAGCUCUUUUCCCAACUGUGAUAUUCUUUUAAACAACCUGUGUGAAUCAUGGAAUAGCUCAAUCUUACAGUUUAGGGAGAAUGGAAUUAUGACGAAUAGCUCAAUCUUACAGUUUAGGGAGAAUGGAAUUAUGACAAUGUGUGAAAACAUAAGGGUUUACCUAAUGGUGAGGAUGCAACAAAACAGAGACGACAUGAAGAAACACCCUUUGAAGAUCUGUCCUAAGAUUAUGAAGUUGGUAGAAGAGGCCAAAGACAAGUCCAAUGACUGCACUGCCUAUAGGUCAAAGGAUGAUGUUUAUGAAGUAGAGGAUUGCUAUGGAAGGAAAUAUAAAGUAGAUUUAAGCCAAUAUCAUUGCUCCUGUAGAAGAUGGGAUCUCACAGGUAUCCCUUGCAGCCACAGCAUUGCAGCUAUUAGGAGGAAAUGUUGCAUUCCUGAAGAAUAUGUUAACAACUGUUACACUGUGGAGUCCUACCUGAGAUCUUAUGAACCUGCUAUUUUACCGGUUACUUCUUCAGAGUUAUGGCACAAGACAGGUUUCCCACCCCCACUGCCACCAAAAUAUGAAGCACAACCAGGAAGGCCAAAAAGAAAAAGAAGAAUGGGACUGACAGAAUCAGCUACAGAUCAAGCUGGAAACAAGGGAAAAGUGGGUGAAUCAAAACGGUGUACUAUGUGUGGAAUGAAAGGGCAUAACAAAAGAAGGUGUAAGGCAAAAGACAAGCAGGUUAGAUGCACAUAA